AUUUAUGAGAAAUUGGAUUCGGUGGAUAAAAAAGCGAAGGAGGCGAAAGUCGAGAGAGAAAGGAUGGCGAAGAUUUUGAAGGAACUCGAGGAGAAAGGGUGUGAAGGUGCUAAUAGCAAUGAGAAGAGGAAGAGUGCGGCGGGCGUGAACUCACCAUCAGCGGAACGAUUGAAAUCGAGAUCGCGAUCCAGAAGCGGCGGCGUGAAGAUUCGGCAGCCAAGAAUCAUCGUCUCCUCUGACGAUGAGGAGAAGGUUAAGGCGGAGGACGCCAAUGUCGUUGGCUCCGGCGGCAGUGGAGAAGCACCUAAACUUGAGGACGUGAUGAUGAUGUUAUCAGUAAUCGCAGGGAAAAUACAAACGGAGAACUCGAAUACGGGCGCGGCGGCCGGGGAGAAGGAGAAGGAGAUUGGAAAAAGAUGUGGGGUUGUCAACAAGGAAGAGGAGGAGCCUGCAAGCGAGGAAUCAGAAGAAGAGAAGGACAAGCUCAAGAUGAACCGUGGUAGUUACUCAAGGAGCGACCGAACCGAGGUUGGGAUUAUUGAGUAUAUGAGGCAAAGGCUUGAUCACUAUAUGGAGAUGAACGGGAGAAAGAUUAAGAGCCUCUGCACUAAAAGGAACGUGAAGUGGGUGAGGAAGGAUAAGUGCGCCUGGGAGUUAGCGAAACAGGACACGGACGAGUUUACUAAGCUGGUGCACGGUGAUGGUGGGGACGAAUCGGGACCAGAAGAAGAUGAGCAUCAAGAUGAACCUACCUCCGAAGGCGAGGAAGAUGCUGACGCCGUCACCGGGAAUUAGAUUUCCAAGAGGAGUCUGCUUCGUCUCCUCCAUCGAAUCGGCAACGCCAUCCUUGCUUUGAGAAACGAAACUCG